AUGUCACCUUACAUUAGAGGCAGCUCGACGCGAGACGCGCCAACACCGAUCAGGUCCGAAGAGGUUGCUUACCUUGUUACAUCGACAUCGAAUAUUUCACCGCCACCGGAUAAACCCAAUUUGCAGACGAUAGCAAUGGACGGAUCCGUCCACUCCCCGGCCAAUUCACCGAUCAUUGGCCCUACUAGAACGCUCACGCAUGACUCCGACGACGAGCACGACUACAAUCUAGACAAUUCGUCGGACGAGGCGAAUGGAAAAGGUGGCGAACAUACACCCACAGACAAUGGAAACACGAAAGAAGAUGAGUCCGCGGUCGACGAUGGCGCAUCUAUUGGUGAGCUUGCGAGGGACAAGCAGAGGAGGACGACGUUCUACGACUAUACUUCUGAGAAGCAAAUGAGUCUGCAAGAGGCGAAACAAUUUUUCCAGAGGCACAAACUUGAAAGCGAAGAUGGACAAAGUCCGCUGUUGCGAGCGAAAACUGUGCCGUCAAAUUUUCAAGACGACGGACUGUACCGAAGCACUAGCAAACGAUCGCGACAAGGCAAAGAUCAGGUCAAUCAGACAGGCAUAUCGAAACCGACAGUGACAGCUUCCACUCGGAACAAUGAAUCAUUUCCUCAAUUGAGAGAUACAGGCGCCGUAGAAUACAACCGGCCCGACCAUUUCGUCCGGUCUGAGCAUCUGGCAAGAGAGCCUAAAAAAUAUCCAGGGCCUUCGCAUGAAUAUAAAUCACCCCAACCAACGUCAGAAGGUGUUUAUGGGUCAAGCACUGCUGGGGUUUUCGCAGCGUCAGAUGCACACGUUACUGCAGAGCUGAGUUCCAUUUACACGAACAUACAAAAGGUUCUGGACCUGCGACAUAAAUAUAUACGCUUGUCGCUGCAAGGGCCGGACGACAAUCCAAAAGACGAUCCCAGUUGGGUGAUAUAUCCCCCACAUCCAACUCCAGCAUGGGAUCACGAUAAGCCUUCAGCGAGCAUGUCGAACAGCACUGUGUUGGACAAGGAGGGCACGUCGAGUCCCGCGCAGCAGCGAACUUCGAGAAAGCUGGGUUCAGAUAUUGGAGAGGACUUCAAUAUUGAUGACCUUAUGCCAGUGCCUGGUGCAAGCGAGAUGACUUUCGAGCUUGACGACAGCGGCGUGUAUCAGGUGUACGAGACAUCAACCGCAGCAGCUCAGGGUACUCCGAUUCUGGCCAUACCCACACUGCGUGAGUUUUACAUGGACCUGGAAGUCAUACUGGACGUUUCUUCGGAUGGUCCUAGCAAAAGCUUCGCCUUCAGAAGGCUACAAUAUCUCGAAGGGAAAUUCAACCUGUACGUGCUACUGAAUGAGUAUCAAGAAAUUGCAGACAGCAAAAAGGUGCCUCACAGAGACUUUUACAACGUUCGUAAAGUCGACACUCACGUGCAUCAUUCCGCAUGCAUGAAUCAGAAGCACUUAUUACGAUUCAUCAAGAGCAAGAUGAAGAAGUCCCCGGAUGAGACGGUUUUGUAUAGAGAUGGAAAGUACUUGACUUUGAAAGAAGUAUUCGAGAGUAUCAAUCUCACGGCUUAUGAUUUGAGCAUUGAUACCCUCGACAUGCAUGCGCACACCGAUAGUUUCCACCGAUUUGACAAGUUCAAUCUUAAGUACAAUCCUGUCGGCGAAUCACGUUUGCGAACCAUAUUCCUCAAGACGGAUAACUUCAUACAUGGGCGGUAUCUGGCUGAGAUCACAAAGGAAGUCAUUGCGGAUCUAGAGGCUAGCAAAUACCAAAUGGUGGAAUGGCGAAUUUCAAUCUAUGGACGUGAGCCAGAUGAAUGGCGCAAGCUCGCUGCAUGGGUUGUUGACAACAAACUCUUCUCCCCCAACGUGCGCUGGCUUAUUCAAGUACCCCGACUUUACGAUGUGUACAAGUCCACAAAGCUGAUGGACAAUUUCGAGCAAGUCAUUAGGAACGUCUUCGAACCACUCUUUAAGGUCACAAGAGACCCUUCAGUCGAUCCAAAACUGCAUAUUUUCCUCCAGAGAGUCAUUGGUUUUGACAGCGUGGACGAUGAGAGCAAAGUUGAGCGGCGAUUGUACCGUAAAUUCCCUGUUCCAAGGGAAUGGAACACAACGCAGAAUCCGCCCUACAGUUAUUGGAUUUAUUAUCUCUUUGCCAACAUUGCGUCCUUAAAUGUUUGGAGAAAGCAAAGAGGUUUCAACACUUUCUUGUUACGUCCGCAUUGUGGCGAAGCCGGCGAUCCUGAUCAUCUUGCUGCCGCGGUACUGUGCUGUCACAGCAUCAGUCAUGGGUUGCUACUACGCAAAGUUCCACUUCUGCAGUAUAUCUUCUACUUGGAGCAAAUUGGCGUUGCCAUGUCACCGCUGAGCAACAAUGCGCUCUUCCUAGCAUAUGAACGCAAUCCGUUCCUUAGCUAUUUCAGACGUGGUCUCAAUGUCUCAUUGUCGACUGACGACCCGCUGCAGUUCGCAUUCACGAAAGAGCCACUCAUAGAAGAAUACGCAGUUGCGGCUCAAAUCUACAAGCUCACCGCUGUAGACAUGUGCGAGCUCGCCAAACAUUCCGUCGUGCAAAGCGGGUUCGAGCAUUCCGUCAAACAACACUGGCUGGGCAAGGAUUAUCGUCUACCUGGGGUCGCGGGUAAUGAUAUGGCCAAAGUCAAUGUGCCUGAUAUUAGAGAAGCAUUUAGGCACGAGACCUUAUUACAAGAAUUAGCAAUGAUCGAAAGAUAUACGAAACCAGCGCAGUCAGCACUUGUGAGCGACAACCUCCCUGAAAAUGCUUCUGUUGUUUCAAAAAGCUCUACAGUCCACCCUGGUUCACCUACUGCUUCCCGGAUGACUGAUCCAUCAUCACACCAGGCUGAAGCGAGUCAAACAAAUUUUGAACUCCCGCCAAGUUAUGCAGCACAUACGGCUCAGUAUUCCCGCCUGAAUCCCUCCUUUUCAACUAAUGAUAUGACGAAUCUUGUUCAGCAGAAGCAAACACAUGGUGCCAUGACUAAGUCACAGUCAAUGGUCUUUACUCCACAAAGUGGACCAUCGGCACAAGUGCCGCCGCAGCCGCCUGUUAUGAGCCCGCAAACGUUCUCGAUACCACAAUCACAAUCGCGCUCUCCUGCACUAGGCAGGACGGAUAGCAUUGUGAACAUGGACGGCUCUGAACCAAGAAUGUUUCCCGGUGUGGUGAUGAAUAGACAUCGACGAAGCAGCUUGCAAAGACCCGAGAGCAGCCAUGAUGCGUUAGGUUCAGGACAGAGUUGGGGCCGACGGAGCGAAGUUGGCGAAACAUUCAACGAAGAUAACAGUGAAGAGAUCUCACCUAGUAAGACGCCUGGCGGUGACUGAGUGCAAGUAAUUGACAUCAUCCACCGUAAGUUCAUAUUGACCAUUGAAUGUACGUGUAUGGCAAUCUAAAUGAGAUGAGAGCCAUGAGAAUCGGUGUUUAUGAAGGAUCUGGGCUUCACUGUAGCCGCAAAGAUGGUCAUGCGCAAGCGAAAAAUCAAAUUUUGUGUAAUAAAGAAUCGCGGCUUUAAAAAUGCCUCGUUAAUU